GGAAAGUCACCUGAUUCGUCUUUCAAGAUGGCCGCGGCACUAGGCUGCUCAGCUUGGGGAAUGUAAUCAGUGCGGACCGUCCCAUAAGCCCCGAGUGCGCAGGGGGAGCCGGACCGAUCCACUACCUCUGGGUCUUCCCUAAGAGCUGCGUGUCUAGUGGUGCCCAGCCCAGUCGAUGCGGAGGGGUCGGGACCGCCGGUGCUUGCUGGGCGCUACGGGCCCUGAUCUCCACUCAUCCCAGGUGCACUGAGGGAAGAUUUGUUGUGACUUACCUCUGGAUGGUUUUUCUUUUCUUCUUUUUUCUUCUUGUCUCCAGGAGUCCAGUCACAGUGGGAUGAUGCAUCCAUUUGGUAAUGAGGAAGCAGCCUCUCUGGAACAUCUUUUCUGUUUUUUUUGUGAAUGUGUGCAGCAGGGAAACUGGGAGCUAGCACAAGCCUGUAUUCCUCAGUUACAUCAGUGGCAGGGGGAUGGCUCUGAGAAAGUUACAGCUAUUCUGCAGGCUCUAAUAGCUUGUCCGUCUCAGUUAAGGUGUGGACAGAAUUACAGCCCUCAGAGACUUGCUUGGCUUUGGCUCCUUGUGCUCAAGAAAUGGCUGGUAUGGGAUCAGAAAAUAAUUCCAGGUGUUCUCCAAAGAGAAACUGAAUUCUUACUCCUCUUAGAAGAACUGCAAAAGGAUGUCUCAGAUGAAGUCCUAAAGGAGCUGUUUGAAGCAUUUGAAUGUGUCCAGAGCAAGCAUGAAUUGGACAGAAAGAAAAGAGAUGGCCGCACUUACAGAUUCAGUGUGGAAGCAACCUCUGCUCUCCAGAAGCUUUUGUUGAGGGCUCCCCGGCGGGCACAAGCCUUGCUGGAGUUUCUGCAGGGAGAACAUGGCACACCCAGCUCUGCACUCCAGCACAGUUGCUCUCUGCGAAACAUCUAUGUUGACUUUCUCCGUGACUCCUUAAAAUCUCUGCAGAGGCUUCAGCGGUAUCCCAAAUCCUCAGGAGAAUUGGAUCAGAGUGAGACGGUAGAUGCUAUUUACAGUGUCCUUAGCGUGUUGAAUUUUGAAGUGGAGCAUCAGACUGGCGAGCUCCGACACUUGUGCAGGGAGCUGUUUGAUGCUUGCUGGGCUGAAGGAAGCCCACUGAAGGAAGAGAGGUUACUGGGCUGCAUACUGAGGAAGCAGAGCCAUGCCUUGCUCAGUCUGUACAGCAACGUCUUCACAGAGAGGACAAGAGAGAAACUGCUGGGGCCAAAGUUGCCAGGAAAAGGUUCAUCUGAGCAGUUGGACACAGAGCGGGUAAUGCUGGCUUUGUUCUCAGAGCCUGAAGAGGUUUAUUCUUGGAAGACUGCAUAUUUCUACUGCCUGAGCUGCAGCAAGCACUUUCUGGAGCAGAUUCUGGUGACUGCAUUAACACUAUUAAAAAGGGAAGACUUUUCAGGCUUGAGCAGCUUACUGAGUCGAGAAUUCAACCCCCUCAGCCGUCUUCUAGUAUUGCUAGGGUGGACUCACUGUCACAGUUUAGAAUCGGCAAAAAACUUGUUGUAUGCGCUUCACAAAACUCAAGGUCUGUGCAAUGACUCAGUAUUAAAAGAGUUCUGUGAUGGGCUGUGGGCUCAAGUGGAGGUUCUUGAAUGGUGCACACAGCAAAACAGUAUUACUAUCCCAAAGAAGAUUCUUUUGCAACACUUGUACAGUCUGGAUUGCCACUCUGCACUCUACUCUCUUCAUCACCUCACCAACCUUCUGGCCCUGAAUGAAGAGGAUGUCAUUGAACUUCUUCAGAAGGUUCCAGCCAGAGACCAGCAGACGCAGGCGGUGCCGGUUCCCAGCCUCCUGAGUCAGCAACGCAACCUGGUGCUAUUCCGGGCAUUUUGCGCCAUGAAAUACGCAAUCUAUGCUCUGUGUGUGAAUUCACACCGUCAUUCAAAGUGCAAGGACUGCAUGCACGGCCUUCUCAGUGACCUCCCUGAGGAUUCGACCCCUCUUAAAGACCCACCAGGAGAUCGGCCUCCUUGCCUAGAUUGUCCAGCUAUUUUUCCUCAGUAUCUUGCCAAGUGCCAGCAGUUCUUACGGCGUGUCCCUGCUCCUCUGCAUCUGGAGCUUCUGGAGAACAUCUUCUCCCUGCUUUUUGUUUCCUAUAGUGACCUCUACACAGAGAAUCCCCUGCUUGAGGACUAUGCAGAAGAGGAUGAUAUUGUGAAAAAGAGCUGUGGUGCUGGGAACUUGGAUGGUAGUGCCAGCCGAGAGUCUUCCACCUCAGAAAGUCCACAGCACCCAGCAGAGCCUGAAAGGAAGGCAGAGAUGCAUCCUCAGGCCCCCCGGACAGUCUACCAUGGUAUCCAAACUCUGCUUGGCUCAGAAUUGAGUGGUGAGACCUGUGAAUCCUCCAGGCUGAGAUAUCUAGAUCUGAAACAUUUUGCCAGUGGUGUCAAUGGAUUUUUAGUGGAUGAUCUGGCAAUGGAUGCCUUCCUCAAGAUGCUCCUCAACCACCUGGAAGAAAUUCAGAGCUCUCUCCCAUGGGAUUCAAGUAACGUGCCCCAUGAGGAGCUGGAGUUGGUGGAGUGCUUGAAUUUCUCUGUGAAUAGAGAUGUCUUUGGGAGCAGAGUGCUGCAGUUCUCCAAAUACAUCUCUGAAGCUCAGUGGAGAUACAAAGUAGUGAUGAGUAACAGAAACACAGAAAAUCAGCUUGCAGCCUCCAAGAGACACUACUCCUUAACCAGACGCUCCAGCUUGAGGAAGCGCCAUCAAACUCAAAGAUGGAGGAUGGAUUGUAAAGAGGGAACUUCAAGUCAAUCACUGGAGAGUACAAGCAGUGAAUUGAGCACCAGCACAUCAGAGGGAAGUACCAGUACUGUGUCUGGCUCGAGUGACCUGGAAUGUAGGCUGAAGCCUCAGCAGCAGAACCUCCUCAUCCCCAUGAUGCUCUCCCCACCUGAGUCGCUCCUAGUCUCUUGUAUCCUGAGGGGGAACUUUAUAGAAGCCCAUCAGGUGGCUUUGAUGUUUAAUCUGGAGUCUUCGGCUUGCUAUGGUGAGCUGGUUUUCAUGGAACGCUAUCAAGAGGUGGUGCGGGAGCUCGCAAAAGUGGAGCAUAAAAUUGUGUAUCAGUCAGCUGAUGGUUUUGGAGCAAUCAGGAGAUCUGGCAGUGGCCGCUCAACGCUUCAGGCUAUUGGGAGUGCAGCAGCAGCAGGUAUGGUAUUUUAUUCCAUCUCGGAUGUUACUGAUAAGUUGCUUGCCACCUCUGGAAGCCUUGUCCCCACUCUCCAAGAAAACUUCUGGACUAACAGCAUCCAGUUGGAGCAUACAGAUCCUAUGAGUGAAGUUGUGGCAGACCUCAGCCCUUCAGCAAUGGCAGCAUUUGACUUAGCUUGUACUCAGUGCCACCAGUGGAAAACCUGCAAACAGCUGUUGGAAACAGCAGAGAGACGAUUACAUAAUAGCUUUGAAACAAAGGGCCGCAGACUUGACUUCAUUCUAGUUCACUCUGAUGGCAUAAGGGGUUUCCCAGCAGUUCUUCAACAAAUAAAUAAAAUUCUCAACUACCCUUGUAUGUCGCAAGGACAAUACAAAUCAGAGGUCUCAGAUGAAAAAAUAAGUAGUCAGUUUCGAUGCAAUAUUGUGGACCUUCUGCAGAUGUGCUACCCAACUCUGACUGAGGACUGUAUUGCUAAUCAGAUUGCUUUAUCACAGCACCUUGAUCAAGUCCUGCAAACACUGACAGAUGUUGAAGAUUCUCCAGACUCAAAAGGGAGCCUGAUCACCAGCUUGGUAGAACAGGCAUCUCUGAAGCCUACAGAGUUGGAGGCACAUCCAAUUCAUAAUCAAAUCCAACUUCUGCUGAAAACCCUGGACCAACACAUUCAGACCAUGCCAGUGAGCAGCGUGCGGACGGACUGUGUGAAGAGCUUCUUUGAUUAUAUUAACACGCUGGCUGCUGUUGUGCUACGGAGCCUCAAUACAGAGCUAGAUCAAACUGCAGAGGUGAAGGUGGGAAACCCUUUCAUACUGCUACAGCAGAGCCCAUCUCACUUGCUCUCUCUGCUCUUGUUUGAGAGACAAGUUCCUCCUGACAGGCUCUCUUCGCUGUUGGCAAAAGAAGAGUUGAACUUAAAUGUGCAGCAAGUUAUCAUUAACUGUUGUUGUGAGCCACUGUCCUUGUGCAAUGCCAGGCAAAGCAGCCAGACCAGGUCUCUUUUGACUAACAUCAGCAGCCUAGCACAUCUUCAUGCCUACCAUUGUUUGCCAGAUGUUGAGAUACCUAUCCACAAUCCAGCUAUGGACUCUGAGGAGGAUUCUACUCAGCCCUCUUCCUCCCUGGCUGACUUGAACCAGCACUCACUCACUGCCUCUUCCCUGGCCUUCCUGAAAUGUCAGUCAAAGCUAAUGGCCACUGUGGCAUGUCUCUGUGCAUCCAAGGUACAGAAGGUCCCCAAACCAAGCCUGUCAUGGAUGGAAUUUCGUGGCAAGAGGGAGGUCCCCUUGGGCCUGGAGCAGAUUUCCAAAGAGUGUGAGACAUUACUGAAGGAGUUCUUGAUGCUGGAGAACUUUCUUCUCACCAUGUCUGAGCCACUUCAGGAUCCCCAGGAGGAGGGUAGUGGUUUGGUUAGUGGCCUCUGUGGCAAACCGUAUAUGUCGCUUGUCCUCUUGGGCUUGCAUUCUGCCAUGGCUGUCGAGAUAUUAAUGGAAGUCUUUGAGCAAGCGCUCACUGCAAAGGACUGGCCCAGAGCCCUGACAGUCUUGGACCUGUACAGUCAGGAUAUGGAGGAGCUGACCAGCGUGAGGGAUGCUGUGCUGAGCUGUGCGGCUGCUGACGAUAAGGGUGGUUGGCAGUAUCUGUUCCCAGUGAAGGAUGCAAUGUUGAGAAGUAGAUUGGCCCUGCACUGCCUGGACAGGUGGCCCCUUGAGGCUUGUCUGGAAAUCCUAGCUUACUGCAUCUGUGAUCCUGGCAUAACUGAAGAACUGAAGUCUGAUCUGCAGAGCAAAACAGGAGAACUGCAGGUUUAUCAAAAGAUUUUGAAUUUGCAAGAUGUUCCAACGUGGAAUGACUGGCAAGACCUGAAAGAAGCCUGCAUUGAUAAUCCCCAGGCCAUCAUGAGUGUUGUUCUGGAGGCAAAGGAUUAUGAGUUGUGUGAAGAAUGGGGUCACUUAUACCCUAUCCCAAAAGAACCCUUGAUCAGUCUUCACCAGGAGCACCUCCUGCAUUUGCUGGAGAUGGGAGACACUGAAAAGGCUUUGCAGGUAACUAGAGGGCUGUUUUUGCCUUGCUAUCUUCAAAGGCUCUUAGAAAGAAUAGAAGACUCUGAUACGCGCCUUGUGAUAAGCGAACAGUCUCUUGACAAGCAUCCCAGCUUGGCAGCCUCUCACUUCCUAGCAAAUUAUCUCACUACCCACUUCUACAAGUACCUGACAGCUACACGCCAUAACGAAAUCCAGGCUCUCUACAUGGGAUCAAAGGUCCCAAACGAUUUCUCAAUUUGGAAUGAAUUAGUCCAAAGGAAGAAAAUAUUCUUUCUACACCGGCAGAAGAAGCUACUGCUCUUAAAAGUGUUGCUGACUCUUCCUGAGCCCUACCGUGCUAGUUACUCCCACCUGUCCUCCAGGCCUCUGCUCAUGCUGGAGCAGCUGCUCAUGAACAUGAAGGUAGAUUGGGCAGCCGUGGCCGUGCAGACGCUGCACCAGCUCUUGGUUGGGCAGGAGAUUGGCUUCACUGUGGAAGACAUGGAUGCUUUGCUCUCCAAGUAUUCAGAGAAAGCCCUCGACUUCCCCUACUCAUUAAAAGAGAAGAGAUCAGAUUCUGUGAUUCGUACCCAAGAGAGUCUCAGUCAGGUAUCUGAGUCAGAUACCUCGUCUAAAUCGGGAUCAGCAGAACUGUCUCCUGCCAGUUUUCCUGGUAUCAUCCAAUCUUCAAGUCCGAGAGAGAGAAGCCUGCCUUGGAAUCUGUUUCCUCAAGAGUUUGUGCCACCUGAGGUGCCACCAUCAAAGCAGCAAUGGAUCCCCGAUGAAACUGAAAUUACUUGCAUGGUCUGCAAAACGGAACGUUUUACUAUGUUUAAUAGGCGCCAUCAUUGCAGACGUUGUGGAAGGUUGGUGUGCAGUUCUUGCUCUACCAAGAAAAUGGUGGUGGAAGCUUGUAGAGAAAAUCCAGCUCGUGUAUGUGACCAGUGCUACAGCUACUACAGCAAGCAUUGUCCACCUGUUUUAGCCCAAGACACAAGCAUCACAAAAGAGGAAGAUCAAGACUUGAUAGAAGCAGUACAGACCUGUGGUAACGGAGGUUUGGAUUGCUCUGUAGUGAUGAGAGUACCCAAGGCAACUGAACUUGAGUGGCUUCUUUCUCUGAGUGAAGAUGAAAAUGAAAUUGUGCGUGAUGAAUUUUAUUAUGAACAGGCCCCUAGUUCUUCCUUGUGUAUUUCCAUCCUCAGUCUGCACUCAGAUAGCACAGCAUGUGGCCACCAACUGAUACAGCGCUGCUGCAAAUUAUCCCAAGGUCUGAUUAAUCCUGAAGUGGAUGCUGGGCUUCUCAUGGACAUCAUGAAACAGCUGCUUUUCAGUGCCAAGAUGAUGUUUGUAAAAGCUGGAAGGAGCCAGGAUCUAGCUUUGUGUGACAGUUACAUCAGCAAGGUGGAUGUGCUGAAUAUUUUAGUUGCUGCUGCCUAUCGCCAUGUACCAUCUUUGGAUCAGAUUCUGCAGCCUGCAGCAGUAACGAGGCUAAGGAAUCGGCUUUUGGAAGCAGAAUACUAUCAGUUAGCUGUUGAGGUUUCUACAAAGACUGGGCUGGAUCCAGGUGGCGCAUGGCAUGCCUGGGGUAUGGCUUGCCUUAAAGCUGGGAACUUAAGUUCAGCAAGAGAGAAAUUCAGCCGCUGCUUAAAGCCACCCUUUGAUCUGAACCAGUUGAAUCAUGGCUCAAGGCUAGUCCAAGAUGUGAUACAAUAUCUGGAGUCCACUGUGAAACCCAUACUCCUGGUGCAGGAUGAUGACUACUUUGCCACAUUGAGAGACCUGGAAGCAACCCUGAGGACACGAAGCCUGUCUCUGGAGAUGAUGUCCGAAGGGAAGAUCCAACACAACAGCUACUAUCAGGAGUGCUUGUUCUAUUUACACACUUACGGCACCAACCUAGCAAUCAUUAGCUUCUACAUGAGACAUGACUGCAUGCGAGAAGCACUUCUGCAUUUGUUAAAUAAGGAGAGCCUGCCGGAAGUGUUCAUUGAAGGGAUCUUUGUCCCAAGUUAUAAAAGUGGGAAACUGCACAUGUUGGAGAACUUGCUGGAAACCAUUGAUCCAAGUCUGGAGAGCUGGGGCAUCUACCUGAUUGCAGCCUGCAAACAUUUACAGAAAAAGAACUACUACCACAUUCUGUAUGAACUGCAGCAGUUUAUGAAGGAUCAUGUCCGUGCUGCCAUGACCUGCAUUAGAUUCUUCACUCACAAGGCGAAGUCUUACACAGAGCUGGGAGACAAACAGAAAUGGCUCCUGAAGGUCAAGGACCACCUCAAAGUCUACCUGCAGGAGGUUUCAAGGAGUUCCGGAAGGAGAAAAGCUGCUUGCACCUUUCGGAAGAAAAUGACGGCCACUGAUGUAUCAAGGCACAUCAAUACAGUUGAGUUACAGAUGGAAGUCACCAAGUUCCUGCAUCGCUGUGAGAGUUCAGGGACCUCUCAGAUAACUGGCUCAACCUUGCCCACUCUCUUUGGAAACAGUCACAUGAAGAUGGAUGUAGCUGGCAAGGUCAUGCUGGAAGGGAAGAACAUUGAAGAAGGUUUUGGAAUUGCAUUCAGAGUCCUCCAGGACUUCCAGCUGGAGGCUGCAGCUGUGUACAGUAAAGUGGCCAAGGUGCUGGUGAAGCAGCAGAACUACAGUGAGAUCCGGCAGCUCCUUAAAUGCGUCAAUGAGUCUGGAGUUGCAGCCAAAAAUGACGGGGAUAUCAUCAUCCUAAACUGCCUGGAUGAGUUUAAGGAUAUCCCCUCUGAGGAUCUGGACAAUCUGAUCCAGGAUAUGGACAGCGACGAAAACAAGAUCCAAGCCUACCUGAUGUGCCACAAGCUGCGUUCUGCCUACCUGGUCUCAGUGAGACAAGAGAAUACCAGAGCCGUACAGCUGGUGCAGCGUGUGCGGCAGUUGGCCGAGAACAGCGGGGAAGAUGUUGUGCAAGCCAUCUGUGACCAAUGGCUUUCAGUGCACCAGCCCAAACAAAAAAGCAGGUUCACCCAGACCACUAGGAAAUAACUACCAGGGACCAGCAUCCAUAAAAGGAAGACUUCAUAUGGCACAGAGAAGAGCAGCUCGGUGAUCUCUCAGUGAGAGUGAAGUGGCGAGCAGGAGCUGCUAGAGUGCCUGUAGCUAAAGGGAAGGAAUACAAGUGCCAAUCCUGUGUUCUGAUGACCAACAAUCUCUACCUCAGGGUGUUUUCUGUGUGUUUUAAAUCUGAACAAGCAAGACUAAGGAUUAUGGAGAAACGCACUUUUCUCCUCUUUCAAGAGGCAUUGAACUCUUUUGCCAUAGGUUUGUUUUAACCCAGUAAACCUGUGUAUAGUUGAUGACCAAAUCCCAUCCCAUCCCAUCCCAGCUCAGUGUAGGUUGAAACAUAAAUCUCUUUGAUUUCUAUUAGCCAGAGCCAUUUUAUAAUGAAUCUGUCAUUGCAAAGGUUGAAGAGUUUUGUUUCUAUGUGCAUAGACUUGGGACUGAACUUUUGAGGUGACUUUUUAAAGAUCUAUACUAAUUAUCACUAAGUUUUUUUUUACACUAGCACAGUGUGUGCAAAUCCUUUAGUUGGUUUGAAAGGCAAUGGCUGGUUGUAUAUGUCAGGUGUCUCUAUGCUGAAAUCACUGACAAGUGUUUGCCUGCUGCUGGGCCCUUGGAUGGAUGGAUGUAAUUGGAACAGGAUGCACUACAAAGGGGAAAACCUUGAAAUAGGAUAAGAAUGUCUGUGAGAAUUGUCUUAUCUCUUGCUUCCCUAGUUUAAUCCACUAAGUGGAUUAAACUGCUAUGAUACAACUGUCAUUGGAUAGUCGCAAGGACUCUUAUGUCCUUUUCCAUAGUGUAAACAAGCUGAGCUAUACACCCCUUGCACUGUAGGGAAAGCACCUUCCUUUUAUAAAAGGGUUCAAAUGAUGAAAUUUAAUCACACAGCAAAGUAAUAGACUGCUGAACCAUGCAAUGAGCGUCCUUACCAAAGCAAUCUUUCCCCUUCUGACACAAAGUGAAACAUUUUGGACUGAAUUGUUAUAUACUUUUAAAAUAAAACAACCACCCCCCAUUUGUUCCUGGGGUGAACAAAUGGCUCAGACAGUCUGGAAUACACUUGGGACUGGCAGGCAACAGGCAUCCUUUAGCUCAAGUGAUGUUCCUGUAUUAGUUGCUGCUGCACAGAAUCUCUUUCCCCGUUGUCUGCUGCUGAGUAGAAACAGACCAAAAGCCACGCUCCCCUGGUCUACUUCGUUUGAAAGCAGGGUUCUCUGGUGUAAAGUGAUUCUGUUCAGGGGAAUUUGGAUUUGGCUACUGCUUCUCUGCAGCUGUUAAUAAGAGAAGAGGGAAAAGUAGGAAGGAGAAACAGGCAGCAGAGAAUGGAAGAAGCAGAAAUGAAUGAUGGUUUAAAAAGAAGUUCCCUGACUUUGGCAGCCCACAACAUGCUGGUAGUGCAAAGGAUGUAGACUGCUAACAUUUAGAGAUGGCAACUCAAUUUCCCUUUCAGUAGCUCCCAGUAUAUUACAGUCAGCUGGCUCGCUUACAGCCAAAUUAAAUCUAUAAAGAUGUUUAGUUUCUGGAAGUGUAAUAACUAAUUCCAUUCUACAAGGUAAGCUAAGCUGGCAAAUAGAGUCCUUGUGAUAGACCACAGACCUCCAAGGAGAUGAAAAGGAUGGGGUUGACCUCAUUUUGAGUGUUUCAUGACCACUGUCCCACUGACUCAAACUUCUCUCCCUGCUGGAGAUAAUUAGCUCAUUGGAUCUGGGGUUAGAAAUAGCUCCAAUUGUAGAAUCAGGGAUGAUCACACUUAGCUUCCAGAAUCUCCUAACCCCAGAUCUCAGAGAUCCCAUUAGUAAGGGUAAUAAAAGCUGCUUUUAUUGUCUCAGCCAGACAGAACUGGCCUUGCAGUGUGCUCCAGGGGUUAGGCUUGUCUUGUUGGGUGUGAUACUUUUUAUGGCCUGGGUUGAUACCAAAUCUACAAAUAUGGGUAGAGAGAUCUGUACUGUGUGCACUGAUGCAGUAAAUACCAUUCUGUAUGCAUCUGUGAGAGGAACCUGAACAUUAUAGAAGGAAAGAAUGGUGCCUGCCAUGUAGCCCAGCCAUUUUUGUGCCUGUCUUUCUGCUUGAUUUCUUUGCACUUUAUUUUACGCACUUUAUGGAAUGUUUGUUGCAAUUUUGAUAGUCCUUAACUUAGAAUUCUAAGGAUCUUUUUCUUACCAGCAGAACUAGAACUGGAAUUUUGGCCCUGACCCUAAAAGACUUGUCAUGGAUAAUGUUAAUGUUGGGCUUUAAAACCUUAAGCAUAAAAAUGGAUUGAACACUAGUAGUAGUUGAAAGAGCCAUUUGUCAGUUACAGUUAUAAUCUGUUUACAAUGAACAAAGGAGAAUAAAGUAUUAUCAGCAAA